AUGAGACAAGACCCAUUUUACAUCCUCUCCACCUUCUACCUCGUAGCCAUAUGUGCUACGUCUGGGCUAGCGGCGGUUCUAUGUCGGAACUGCCGCGACAUCUCGGACUUCGUGCGAAAGGGGAACUGCUCCGAUUUGUUGCUGGAAGGAAAAAUAAAAAUUUUGGAGGACUAUGCUGCUGAAGGAUUUGUCUACGAGUUCUUCAUCUUUGUAGUCUCACUCGGUUUUUUUGUGACAUUCAAUGAUCAGUGCAGAUCGACGGUGAAACAAUUUUGGAUUUCGAUUCUGGUGGCUCUUGGUCUAAGCUUUUUAGCUACCAUCAGAAUGAUUCAGAAUUGUGUUUCAAACAAAUCGGAUUUCACUCCGGUUUUGAUCCAUUUUUCUGGAGAGGACUUGAUCAGGGAUACGAAUUGUGACGAAAUCCCAAAUCAACUCCACACGAGGUUCAAUUUUCUGAUGAUGGUCCUCGUAUUACAACCAAUUCAACUGAUCUUGAUUGUCACCGCUUUUGUUCAUUUCUUGGUCUUCUACUUGGAGCACAGAAACCAAACUGAACGUUUGCCGACACUCAAUGCUGCUCCUAUCAGUUUAGAGGACAACGCUAGUCAGAAUCAGCGUCGAUUUUCCCCGCGAUUCAAUUUCUGGCCAUUUGGAGCUCCGCCGCCACCGUAUCAGGACCUGGAACUCGUGGAGCGUACCGGACAAUCUGAACCCGCUCCAGCUUACACCGCCGACUUGAAUCAAGAGGAACAGAAUUCACCGCAAGAAGUUUACGUUCCCGCCAUUGAGGUCACGGCUGUCACUGAAGAAGAGGAAAUUGAGCCGUCGCUUGUUCUAGAAGUCUCCGAAUCUCACAAUUCAGUGCCUGCUGCUGGUGAAGAGGAUACUACUGAGAAAUGCUCCGAAUGCUGA